AUGUCUAUCCCAUCAAGCUACAAUAGAAUCGUUUUAAAUAAGGCACCAAUAAAGGAAGUGAACUUUAACUAUGGUGAAGAAUCGUCAACUUUUAGAAUUGAAGAAGUAUCUUUCGAUGAGAACUCCGUUAAAGACGGAGAGGUAGUUAUUAAAAUGUUGUAUUUGUCUAACGAUCCAGGUCAGAGGGGAUGGAUGCAGAAAGGAAUUGAUGCCGAAAGAAUGUAUUUACGAAUUUUGGAGAAUGACCCGAUUAUUACGUUAGGGCUAGGUGAAGUUGUGCUUUCUAAAUCAAGCAAGCAUUCGGUUGGUGAUAAAGUAACCGGCCGUUUUACGUGGCAAGACUAUGUAAUUGUCAAUGAAGAACGUAUUACAAGGACAAUUGAUGUGUCUUUAGGCUUGCCUUUAACUUCAUAUUUGGGUCCUGUUG